AUGGGUAGUUUUUCUAUUGAUCUACCUACUCUAUCCGGGGAGUUGGAUGUUUAUGAUUGGGUGGUGGAAGACAAGCUAUGCAACGGCUUUUCCUCUGCGAAAACUUGGGCAGCCCUGAGACCAAGAUCGGAUGUGGUUAGCUGGGCAAAAACGGUGUGGUUUAAAGGUGCAACUCCUAAACAUGCUUUCCAUAUGUGGGUAACAAAUCUUGACCGCCUACCCACUAAAACUAGGCUUGCCUCUUGGGGUAUGCAAUUACAAACGACUUGCGGGCUUUGCUCUUUGGACAUCGAGGACAGAGACCAUUUGUUUUUGACUUGUGAAUUUGCGUGUUUUCUUUGGCACACUGUUAGUGUGAGAUUAGAGCUGCCUGCUUUCAGCUUUGUUGUGUGGAACGACCUCAUGGACUGGACUCUUCAACGGAACAGACGCUCGCCGCCAACCCUCCGCAAGCUCAUUGUGCAAUCUGUGCUCUACGCCAUUUGGAAGCAGAGAAACAACUUCCUCCACAAUCAUGAGACUAUUCUGCCGUCAGUGGUGUUUAAGACCAUUGACAGGGAAAUCAAAAACUCCAUUACUGCAAGAAGAUUGAAGAAGCGGUUCAGGCGGCUUAUGACUCUUUGGUUGCACUAA